AUGGUGUCUCACAACAGAACCUUCCCGCACGUUCGGGCCUGCAUUUUUGACCUCGACGGUCUCCUCCUAAACACCGAAGAUAUCUACAGCUUCUGCGCCAACACUGUUCUCGCACGCUAUUCCCGCCCCCCGAUCCCAUGGUGUCUCAAAGCACAGCUGAUGGGCGUGCCUGGAUCUAGCAACGGAGAAGCGUUUCAUCAAUGGGCCCAGCUUCCCAUAUCCCGUGAGCAGUACAAGGCAGAACAGCAGAUUGAGCAGAACAAGAUGUUUCCGAUGUGUGAAGCCCUCCCGGGUGCCAAACAGCUUCUGGAACAGCUCUCCCAGGCAAUGACAGAAGCGGACGGGAGAAAAGUCAGAAUCGCACUGGCUUCAAGUAGUGUCACCUCCAACCUCAAGCUCAAGACAUCCCGACCUGACAUUAAUGAGAUGAUACGAUUGAUAUCAGAGAAGCACAGGAUUUUAUCUGAUCAUAGCCGGAUGAAGGGCAAGAAAGGAAAGCCGGCUCCCGACAUUUUUCUGACAGCGCUGCAAGUGAUCAACGAACAGUUAGAUCCCAGCGAAGAUGAGAUUAGACGGGAGGAGUGUUUGGUAUUCGAGGACAGCGUGCCAGGGGUGGAGGCUGCACGCAGAGCCGGGAUGAGGGUUGUGUGGGUACCACAUCCAGAGCUGUACCAGCACUGGGCGGCAAGAGAAAGUGAGGUACUGGCAGGAACGACUGGUCUGGUCAAACUAGAUGGUUUGGACCAGACAGCCUCACCAGGGAAGACCAAUGAUGGGUGGGGUGAGAAGCUCGGAAGCCUGGAGGAAUUCGAGUACAGAAAGUACGGGAUUACACGGCACUCUGGAGAUGUGGUGGGAAGCAGAAUUUAG